ACAAUUGCAUUUACUACUGGGACCAAAAAAAAAGGGCAGACAAAACUUAUCUUUGUCAUUUCAAAUAUAUAUGUAUCCUUAAUUUCUUAUUCUUCUUCAUCUGAGAGUUGUAAGAAAUUUGUGCAUGCAGUAGUAUGAAUAGCACUGAAGGGUCUGUUUGGCAGAGGAAAAUAGAAGGGAAAAUGGAUCAAGAAAAGGAUCAAACUGCCAGCUUUUUCUCUCAAGAUUCAGCGAUAAGUUGCAAGAAAAAGAUAGGCAAAACUAAAAGGAAAAUUUAUCCUCUUUUAUCAUUUCAUGAAUUGCCAGAUUAUAUGAAGGAUAAUGAAUAUAUUUUGAAUUAUUAUAGAGUUAAUUGGCCUCUCAAAGAAGCUUUCUUCAGCUUAUUUCGUUGGCAUAAUGAAACCCUCAAUGUAUGGACUCAUUUAGUUGGAUUUGUAUUGUUUUUGGGACUGACAAUUUGCAAUCUGACGCAUGUCCCUCAAGUGGCAGAUUUCAUCACAAUGUUUACUGGACAGUUUCCCUCUAGUGCAGAUGCUAAUAUGUCUCAUAAUUCUAAAGAUUUUUCACUGGUACAGACAAAAUUAGUAGAUCUGAAGCGAGAAUCCCAUCUGAAUAUGGAUAAUACAUUCCCAGAAAUGGCUGCAGUAAGUUGGCCAUUCUAUGUGUUUUUAGGUGGUUCCAUGUUCUGUCUCUUCUCAAGCAGCAGUUGCCAUCUCUUUUCUUGCCAUUCCCAUCACUUAAAUUUACUGCUUUUGCAAAUGGAUUAUGUGGGAAUAACUGUCAUGAUAAUCACCUCAUUUUUCCCUCCAAUUUACUACAUUUUCCAAUGUACUCCCCACUGGCAAAUUGUUUAUCUUACCGGAAUAACUAUAAUGGGGAUUUGCACUAUCAUAACCUUGCUUUCUCCGGCCUUCUCGACUGGAAAAUAUCGUGCCUUUCGAGCUUGUCUGUUCAUGUCCAUGGGAUUCUUUGGCCUUAUACCUGCAGUCCAUGCUCUGGUUGUGAACUGGAACGAUCCUCACCGGAAUAUAACGCUAGCCUAUGAGUUGGUUAUGGCUUCGUCGUAUUUGAUAGGGACUUCGUUUUACAUUAGCCGGAUUCCCGAGCGGUGGAAACCCGGGUGGUUCGACCUCGCCGGUCACAGUCAUCAGAUAUUCCAUGUGUUUGUGAUCAUGGGGGCAUUGGCACAUUAUGGUGCUGCACAAAUUUUCUUGAGAUACCGCAGUAGAAUGGGGUGUGACUAAAAUUUGAUUCUUCUGUUCGUGUGUUGUGUGAAGAGGGCCUAUUAUAACCCUUACAUUAUAGAUAAAAGGACACUGUUGCCUAUAGAUACUACAUAGAAGGAAUGAAUGUACAAUUACAAUAUAGAUUUAAAUGUAAAUUUGUACAUUAUUCUUGUUUCUCUUUUAUUGAAAUGCGUUUAUCUUGUUGCUUAAA